AUGGAUGAGAGGUUGGUGAAAGCUGCAAGAGAUGGAGAUGUUACCACACUGCUCAACCUAUUGGAGGCAGAUCCUGUAAUACUGGAGAGAGCAUGUUCAGUUCAUUUUGCAGAUUCACCUCUUCAUAUUGCAGCGCUAUGCGGGAAAGCGGAUUUUGUGGAGCAGAUUGUGACUCGGAAGCCUUCGUUAGCCAGAGAGACAAACCAGCAGGGUAUGAUCCCACUGCACUUAGCUUCUUUAGGUGGUCAUGUGGAGAAAGUGAGGGAGCUUUUGAAGGCAAAGCUUGAUGAUGAUGGAGUGAAUCAGUGUCUUCUAAAGGAUGAAGAAGGCUGGACUCCGCUGCAUUGUGCAUCACAGAAAGGCAAUAUCAUGGUGAUGGAAGAGUUAAUGAGCGCAUGUUCUCAGUGCUUGGGACAAGUUACAGCAAAAGGAGAGACUGUUCUUCAUGUAGCAGUGAAGGCCAAUCAAUUUGAAGCUGUGAAAGUGCUAGCGGACAGCAUCAAGCGUCACAAUUUGCACAUACUGUUGAAAGCCCAGGACCAAAAAGGCAAGAGUGCCUACCAACUGGCAGCAGCAAAGAAACAGUACGAGUCGCAGGUACUAGAGGUACUAAAGGAAGAUGAUGAGGAGGGUGACAAAAUAAGAGAGGAACGUUGCAUAAACGUGGAGGGGGAGGAGAGUGAGAGUGAAGAAUGCAGAAAACAGGAGAGCAAGGACAGCAAGAAAAUGCAGUCGAAGCGGGAUGAUGCAAUACUGAUAGUGGCCACCUUGAUCAUAACAUUGACAUACCAAGCAGUGGCAGAUCCUCCAUCAACCUUGAUCAAGGAUGGCAGCACUAAAAUAGACUGGGACUGCCUUCACUCCUCGAAACAUACUUCAAAUAUCGUAGACCUCCUGAAGAGCUGUCCGGCUGUGCCAGAGAAGACAAACCAGCAAGGUAUGAUCCCACUGCACCUGGCUUCUUUAGGAGGUCAUGUUGAGACAGUGAGGAAGCUUUUGAGGGCAAAACUUGAUGAUGACGGAGUGAAUCAGUGCCUUGUGAAGGAUGAAGAAGGCUGGACUCUGCUGCACUGUGCAUCACAGCAAGCAAAAUGA